GUGCGCGCGCCUCGCGUGGACGCCGCGCGGAAGGUAACGGCCGCGGCGCGAGGCUGCGCCUGCCCGGGGGGAGGGGCCCCAACGGCCGCCCCCCAACGGCCGCCCCCCAAAGGCCGCUCCCCGCCGCGGCUGAGGGUAGAUUUCCACCUUGAGAUCUGUGUUCUUGUGCUGAUUUUCCAAUGAAGUACAUCCUGGUAACUGGUGGUGUCAUCUCAGGCAUUGGCAAAGGAAUCAUUGCAAGCAGCAUUGGCACCAUACUGAAAUCAUGUGGUCUGCGUGUCACGGCAAUCAAAAUCGAUCCUUACAUAAACAUAGAUGCUGGAACAUUUUCACCAUACGAGCAUGGUGAAGUUUUUGUACUGAAUGAUGGUGGAGAAGUUGACUUAGAUUUAGGAAAUUAUGAGAGAUUCUUGGACAUUAAUCUCUACAAAGAUAACAAUAUCACCACUGGAAAGAUAUAUCAGCAUGUUAUCAAUAAAGAAAGACAUGGUGAUUACCUGGGAAAGACUGUUCAAGUUGUUCCACACAUCACUGAUGCAGUUCAAGAAUGGGUAAUGAAUCAGGCAAAAGUUCCUGUGGAUGAUGACAGAAAAGAGCCACAAAUCUGUGUAAUUGAGGCAAGUAUAGAAUCUUUUAGGAUCUAUAUCCAUGGCGAACAAAAAGAGCUAGCUUGGUUACUCUUUGCUAUUUACUGUAAAAUAAAAAAAGUCAGACUGAAGUUUUGUGGACAGAUUGUCUGCAGAAGUGCAAAACCUAUAGAAAUGGCAGUGAAGGAAAAGAUCUCAAUGUUCUGCCAUGUGGAGCCUGAGCAGGUGAUAUUUAUCCAUGAUGUUUCUUCCACUUACCGAGUACCAAUUCUGUUGGAGGAGCAAGGCAUCAUUAAGUAUUUUAAACAGAGGUUAAAUUUACCCAUUGAUGACCAACCAAGUGAUCUUCUGAUGAAAUGGAGGAAAAUGGCUGACAGAUAUGAAAGGUUGCUGAAGGUGUGUUCCAUAGCCCUCGUUGGCAAGUAUACAAAACUAAGUGAUUGCUAUGCAUCUGUUUUCAAGGCUCUGGAACACUCUGCGCUGGCAAUUAAUCACAAGCUGGAUUUAAUGUACAUAGAUUCAACAGAACUUGAACGUUCUACAGAAGUGGAGAACUCCGUGAAAUAUCACCAGGCAUGGCACAAGCUAUGCAAAGCAGAUGGCAUUCUUGUCCCAGGAGGGUUUGGAAUUAGAGGAACAGAAGGCAAACUCCAAGCUAUCUCCUGGGCAAGAACAAAGAAAAAACCUUUCCUUGGAGUUUGCCUGGGAAUGCAAUUAGCAGUUGUGGAAUUUGCAAGAAACUGUUUAAAUUUGAAAGAUGCAAAUUCUACAGAAUUUGACCCAGACACAAAAAACCCUGUUGUCAUUGACAUGCCAGAACACAAUCCUGGAGAUAUGGGUGGAACCAUGAGACUAGGGAAGAGGAGGACCGUUUUCAAAACACAAAAUUCUAUUUUAAGGAAACUUUAUGGUGAUGAAAUGUUUGUAGAGGAGCGACACAGGCAUCGAUAUGAGGUGAACCCUGAACUGACUCACAGCUUUGAAGAGAAAGGUUUGAAAUUUGUUGGCCAUGAUACAGAAGGGAACAGAAUGGAAAUUAUUGAAUUGGAGAAUCACCCAUAUUUUGUGGGAGUUCAGUUCCACCCAGAGUUUUCCUCAAGACCUAUGAAACCUUCACCUCCAUACCUUGGACUGUUACUUGCAGCAACUGGAACACUCAAUGCAUACCUGCAACGUGGUUGUAAAUUGUCUCCAAGAAGGAAUGACAGCUACAGUGACCUCAGUGAUGACAGCUCUCCAGAGAAACCUAAUUCAGAAACAAGCUGAAAUGGUUGUAUGAGAACACAGAAAUGGACGAUGCUAUUGAGAAAGUUGGAAAUUGGGCAAUAUUGAAUAGAAGACAGUAGAAGAGUAAGCUGCUUGUGCUCCUUAUUAUGAGAAUACUGUAUCUCCUCACAUACUAUUUUCAUUUAUUCUUUUUACGGAAUACAGUUCUACUGUCCUUGAGCAAAAUGUUUGUAUAAACGCUGUUUCUCUUUAAAAAUGACGUAAAUGGUUGUGCACCUUGGCUGUUAAUAAUUUUUGAUUAUUGAUCUUGUCCUGUAUUUCAGAAUGUUCUCAGGUGAAUAUGCAUUAUUUCACCAGUUCACAGUUAUUCUUGCUUUGAAGGAAGGUUUGAUUGUUUUCAUUUCACCUUAGAACAGUAAGAUGAAAUACAUUUGUCUUUGUCAAUGAGGAGGGAAUGCAUGAAAAAUUUAAGGGGCAAUUGUCUUGUCCAUGAGCAGUAGAGAAUGGUUUUCGGGUUUGUUUCCCUGUUAAGCUUGUUGUAUGUAUGUGUAUAUAUUUUUUUCUUUCUUUUUUUUUUUUUUUCUGUUCAAUAUGUACAAAUGAGAAAUCGUUUUUGUAUUUCAGUUGUUUGUGAUUAUAAUAAUUGAUGUUGGAUAUGCAUGUCUUCUCUCUUGGCUUUCAUAUGUGAUUACAUUUGACAAAAAGUCAAGUUUGUUUGCUCUGUUUCCCCUGAAAGUCUGAUAAUAUUGAACCUAGCAAGUUACAGAAGUGAUAUUAGAAGGCGUUCUUGUAUUCAUAUUUUGUAAGAGUGAAAGUAAAUGCACUCAUAUUUUAAAAUGCAAGCUGUAUGCUUGCACGAAAGUUGUAGAAGAACCAAUCAUAAACGUGGAGCAUAAUCUGGGAUCCAGUUGUAUAAUACUCAUUUAAUUUCAACAAUUGAAUAUAACACUCAAUUAAAGUUCACCCUUGUUUUCCCUCAGCCAGCGACCACACCAUGGUGAUGGGACUUGCAGUAGGACAAAACAGAGUAUUUAAAUUUAGAAAUCACAAGUUACUUCAUUGUGUGACAAGUGCAGGCUGCUCUUGCAAAGCCAGGACAAUAGCCUGAAUCACUGAGACAGAAAGGGAAGGUGAGAGGUGCUGUGCUGUAAGGCUGGAUCCCGUUAGCACAGUGGCAUCACCAGAGCUGUCAGAGGAGAUGGACCUGAGCUAUGUAAUUGAUAGGCUCCAAAUGCUUGAGGCACCCCUUCCUAUAAAGAAAUCAUUUUAAUUGUUAGUUUUAUGUUUCACUAUGAUUUGGGGGAAAGUGUUUUUUUUUUUUUUAGUUGAUCAAAAGGAAAAUAUCUGUACAAAACCAAAAAGCACCAUGUCCCUUUUACAGUUUUGUAAAACAGUAAGUUUGAGAGCUUUGUAUUGCUUUAUGAAAUCUCAGGUUACUCAAACAAUAUAUCUCUUCACUAAAGAAGCUUUAAUGGUUAUGAAAUAAAAAGUGUUCCUAUGGAA